GAAAUCUCAAGGCUCGGCGACGAAGGGCGGAUUGACCUUCAGUCUCGGAUCGAUUGAGCGAUUGAGCGAUCAAUCAUUGGACCAAUCCGUCGAUCUGAUACUUUCGUGCCUUCCCAGCCGCUUCUGAGACGAAGAUCGAUCCGUUCCUGUCGGGGGGAUUUCACCAUUGAAUGUAUUUCGUUACCCGUGCAUUGAGAAACGACAACAUCCACCAGAACCAUGGACGGUGUGGUGCUGCGUCGAAUUAUUCCUUCAGAUAACAGUUGCUUGUUUAAUGCCAUCGGGUAUGUUAUGGAACACAACCUAAGUAAGGCGCCAGAGCUGAGACAAGUUAUUGCCGCAACUGUAAUCAGUGAUCCAGUGACGUAUACUGAGGCCUUCUUGGGCAAGCCCAAUGAAGAAUACUGCCAGUGGAUAUUGAAUCCUGAUAAAUGGGGAGGUGCAAUUGAAUUAGCUAUCUUAUCUGAUCACUACGGACGUGAAAUUGCGGCGUAUGACAUUCAAACCACACGAUGUGAUCUAUAUGGCCAGGGCAAAGGGCUGAAUGAGCGUGUGAUGGUAAUUUACGAUGGUCUACAUUACGAUGCUCUUGCAAUGGCUCCUUUUGAAGAGGCACCGAUGGAAGUCGACCAGACUAUCUUCAAUGUCGAUAAGCAUGGUCAGAUAGGCAUCGCAGCAAAGUUAGCUGAAAGAUUGGUAGAGGAAUCCCACAGAGCUCGGAAGUUUACCGACACAGGCAACUUCACCCUGCGAUGUGGUGUGUGUCAGAAGGGAGUUGUGGGACAGAAGGAGGCGGUUGAGCAUGCGAAAGUUACGGGGCACACCAACUUCCAGGAGUACAGAUAGUUCUGAACACCAUUUUUAUGUCUCUAUGUAUACUCGUUUGCCCUGAAGGACCUCAAAAGCUUCAAUCUUAUGAUCAGUUGCGUUUACUUCCUCAUUUAUUUCCACUAGAUACUCCGAUAAAUCAAUGGUUCGGUUGAUUUUCGCCCUAGAUUAGAAAGCUACCGUCAUGACUUGGUGUACCAUCAUCUUUUUUGACCGUACAUGAAUCAACCAGUACCAAUGGAUGGUUCCUCCAGAGGAAUUGAGUUAUUUGGCCGAACAAAGUGCGCGACGAUUCUCACACCGAUAUUAGUUCAGUUUAUUAUAUUCUACACUUCGAAGACGACUGCUUAGUCAAGAUGCGUAACGUUCCUGGAAUAGGUCAACACUGCGCUCAUGACUUCUGCGGAAUGAAUAUUCGUGGCCUCAUCAGUGACUGAUGCAAUUCGUACCACAUGUGUUUCGAUGAGUACUAGGGCGUAGAAAUGCUCGCCACGGUGCCAAUCUGGUCUUCGGCAAAGUGUACCACCGUGGACAUCUAGUCUGGGCUGGAAACUAAACUCGAUUGAUUUCCAUUAGCUGAAUGAGCUCCAAAUGCGGAAAACG